AUGACAGUACUGUGGCAUCAGUGCUCACUCUACCAACACACAUUCGCAGCAUUAGCUGAUGACGCUGGCGACAACGAUGACAACACCGAAAGCAGAUGUCUUAUUACUUUUGUUAAGGGACUUACUAAAGCCGGUGACGAGAAGUUCCCACGCCAGCAGUUCGAGCAAACUCCCCUGGAAAUCCUCCUUAUUCAUUCGGAUGUUCUGAACUGGGCUCAGAGUGUAAUAACAUCUUAUAAAAAGGACGUCGAGAAAGCUUACGAAUCGAUUUACUUGGUAUUACUUGAGCAUGCUGACGAUAAGGCCAAACUGUCAGAAGUUAUCCAGGAAUCUAUGUCCUGGUUGGGUCUGCAUCUUCAAAAAGUUGAGCUGACUUAUUGGCAUAAAAACAAUUACUCCUUGAAGCAAGUUUUUGACAAUCUUGAGCUACGUUCUCUGAAGAUGCUGGACAACAGUCGGUUAAAGCGGUGGUUGGCGUAUGCGCAUGAGAAACAAGAAGACGGGCCUAAGAAGUUGUGGUCUAUAUUGAACAGCUUUGAUGACGAUGGCUACAUUGUCCAGCUACUGCUUGCGUCUAAAGGAUCAACUGAUCCAGAGCAGAUUGGGAAAAAGCUCGAAGACAAAUUGGUGACGAAGUGGAGUGAGAACCGCGUCCCAUCAAGAAAAGUGUUUGGGUAUUUUGGUGUAAAGAAGAAUCAAUACGAAUUGUGGUCAGCUUAUUUCAAAUCGUCAAAAAUUGCUGGGAAUGAACUUUUCGAGUAUGACACGAUAGUCAAAAAAGUGAUUGAAUUUGGAAAAAAUUCUGAAGAUAGCAAACUCGUCAAAAUCGCCGAGGAGAUGACACAACCAUAG